GCCAGAGGGGGGCGCGGUGCGCCCUUCGUGCUUCAUUUGAAUAGAACUAUUAAUGAGGAAGUUUAUCUUCUGGUCGGCCACAGUGGACAGAGCUCGGGGACGCAGCCGAGCGGAGCACUUGCCACCCUGCAGCAGCCUCUCCGUGUGCUCCAACUUCCCGGACAUGACCGUAAAUCUUCAUGAGCUCGAGCAAUCGCGAUGCACAGUGAGUGAUGCCAUGGACAGUGUUGCCCGCAGACGUGUUCUACGAGGUUCGUUGUGCGACUAACACCCCCUCCAUCAUCACCACCAUCAUCUUCAUCAUCACCACCACCACCACUGUGCGUCUCCUCUUCUCGGCGCUCUGGACGGAUCAUCAGUGGAAGUAGCCCGACUGUGACAAUCCAUCCACUACGCGCAGUGUGCUCAGGCUGGCUGGCUGCUGCACCGGCACCAUGGAGCAAAAAUCGCCCAAGGAUGAGAGCAGCCCCAAGGGACAAGAGUCCUACCAGCGGAGGAUGUGGAAGAAUUUCCAGGGGAAGACCAAGCCCUGGCUCAGUCCGAAACUGGGGUCGGAGCGUCGCGGCGCCGGCGGCGCGGAGGGCAGCAAGAAGGAAUCGGGGCUGUGGAUGUUCAAAAGGAAAAAGAAACAGUUGGACCGGGUGUUCUCGUCGUCUCAGCCGAAUCUGUGCUCCCCCGCGCCGGCUCCCGUUGGCGGAGACGAGCGGUCCACGGGGGGCGACGCGGUCCCCGGCGCCAGCGCGGACGGACGGCGCCUGCUCCAUCCCCUGGGCGCAGCCUCCGGAGCCACGGGGAGCAAGCCCGAGCUGGCGACGCACGGGAGCCCGGCACUCCACGUGUCCCAGCUGAUCGCGCACCAGCAGAAGAGCUCCUCUCUCGGCUCGGCGUGCUUCGAGAGACUGGCGGUGGACCCGGCCGCGGCGGCGGGAGAGGAGGAGGAGGAGGCGGUGGAGGAGGAGGAGCAGCCGCGUAAGAACGCAAGUGAUUCUGGCAUCAGCAUAGUGGGGCCCAGUAAUGCGGAGCCCACACCUCGUCCUCCAAGUCCAGCCAUGUACCAGCUGGAUGUCGUCCUGAAGAAAGGGAACAACCUGGCCAUCCGCGAUCGGACAGGGACCAGUGAUCCGUAUGUGAAGUUCAAGAUUGCAGGGAAGGAGGUGUUCAGAAGCAAGACCAUCCAUAAGAACCUGAACCCGGUGUGGGACGAGAGAGCGAGCCUCCAUGUGGAAACCCUGAGGGACCCGCUGUAUGUCAAGGUUUUCGACUAUGACUUUGGACUACAGGACGAUUUCAUGGGCUCGGCGUACCUCCACCUGGAGUCACUGGAACAUCAGAGGACACUGGAUGUGACGCUGGACCUGAAGGACCCACAGUACCCGGAACAUAACCUGGGCAGUCUCGAACUAGCUGUCACCUUGUCACCGAAGGAUGGAGACUUCAGGGAUGCUACCAUGCUUUUGAGAAGGAACUGGAAACGAACUAGUAAGUAUCAGAGUAUGCGUCUGUCAGAUGUGCACAGAAAAGCCCAGCUGUGGCGAGGUAUAGUCAGCAUCAGUCUGAUAGAAGGUCGCGGCCUGCAGCCCAUGGAUGCCAACGGCCUCAGUGACCCUUACGUCAAAUUCCGGAUGGGGCACCAGAAGUACAAAAGCAAGACAAUUCCCAAAACGCUGGGCCCCCAGUGGAGAGAGCAGUUUGAUUUCCACCUGUAUGAGGAGCAGGGCGGCCACGUGGACAUUACGGUCUGGGACAAAGACGCUGGCAAGAAGGACGACUUCAUGGGGAGGUGUACCAUUGACCUGUCGCUCCUCAGCAAAGAGCGCACAUACAAACUGCACCUGCCGCUGGAGCAAGGCGAAGGUGUGCUGGUGCUCCUGGUUACGCUCACCGCCUCUGCCGCCGUUUCCAUCUCGGACCUGUCGAUCAACAUGCUGGACGACCCGAAUGAGAGACACCAGAUCAUGCAGAGAUAUAGCCUGUGGAGGUCGUUCUACAACCUGAAAGAUGUCGGAGUGGUGCAGGUAAAGGUCAUCAGGGCGGAGGGACUGUUGGCAGCAGAUGUCACAGGUAAGAGUGACCCAUUCUGCGUGGUGGAGCUGAGUAACGAUCGGCUGCAGACGCACACCGUGUACAAAAACCUCAACCCAGAGUGGAACAAGGUCUUCACUUUUAAUGUGAAGGACAUCCACUCAGUACUUGAGGUCACUGUUUACGACGAGGACCGAGACAGAAGUGCAGAUUUCCUGGGGAAAGUGGCUAUUCCUCUACUAAAUAUCCAAAAUGGAGAACGCAAAGCCUACGCCUUGAAAAGCAAGGAGCUGACAGGGCCAACAAAAGGGGUCAUCUUCCUCGAAAUAGACGUGAUUUUUAAUGCUGUGAAGGCUGGCCUCAGGACGCUGAUUCCCAUCGAGCAGAAGUAUAUCGAGGAGGAGCCCAGAGUGUCCAAGCAGCUGCUGUUGCACAACUUCAACAGAGUUAGGCGCUGCAUCAUGUUCCUUAUCAACACCGGCUGCUACAUCAACAGCUGCUUUGAAUGGGACUCACCACAGAGGAGCAUCUGUGCUUUCGUGCUCUUUGUCAUCGUUGUUUGGAACUUUGAACUCUAUAUGAUUCCUCUGGCUCUGCUGCUGCCUUUGGCCUGGAACUACAUCCUCAUUGCAUCGGGGAAGGACACCAGGCAAGAUGUGCAAGCAGUGGAGGACCUGCUGGAGGACGAGGAUGAGGAUUUUGACAAAGAUGACAAGGACCCUAAACCAGGCCCCUGGGAGGAGAGCUGUGAUAAAAACCAUAUCCUCGAGGAUAUGUUGGCUUCCUGGCACUUUGAGUGGAUACGAACGAUGGUGGACUCGGAGAGAAAGGGCUUCAUGAACAAGCUUUAUGCCAUUCAGGACGUGUGCAUCAGCGUGCAGAAUGCACUGGAUGAAGUGGCCUCCUAUGGCGAGAGGAUAAAGAACACAUUUAACUGGACUGUGCCUUUCUUGAGCUGGCUGGCCAUCGUGGCUCUCGGAUUGGCCACCACCAUCAUCUACUUCAUCCCUCUACGAUACAUCGUGUUGGCCUGGGGGGUGAAUAAGUUCACCAAGAAGCUGCGAGACCCGUAUACCAUUGACAACAACGAGCUGCUAGACUUUCUGUCCAGAGUGCCCUCUGAUGUACAAGUGGUGCAGUACCGAGAGCUGAAACUGGAUCCCAGUCCCAGUCCAAAUAAAAGGAAGAAAAACAACCCCGGGUAGAUGACUGUGUCCGCCCACCAACUCCUCGCUUCUCCACUUUUCUUCUCUCUGUCUAUUACUGGACACCGAGGAGCAGAGGAAGGCGGCUCUGGACCAGCUCAGCUCAACUGUCCUUCCUUUUGUUAUUUCUUAAUAUCCUCUCUUAACCCCCCUUUUCCCCCCCUGUCUGUAAUUGCUCACGAUGUACAGUACAGUUUCCCGAUGUGUAAUUUUUGGUAUCAAACAAGACAAGAAAUCCCUCGAAUUAUCAUCACCAUUAUGCUUUUGAUUGAUUUUAAAGGCGAGCGAAAAUGAUGGCUGGAAUGACCUUUUUUUUUGUCAGCCGCGUGAGCCACUCUCCUCGCUCCUUCUCUCCAUCAGCCCGACAGCUCGGUGAACUCUUAUCUAUUCGUGUGUCACACAAUGAGUACAAUGAGUUUUUUCAACAUUUAUACUCGCCAAAGACACAUCCAGUGAAUCCAUGUUCAUCGAAAAUACAAGCCUUAUGCCAAUAUUCUCAAUCAUCACUCUGCAAAGGGAUUUAAAUUAUUGUUUUUUCUCAUUCUCUGUAUUUAUUAAAUGAUUUUGGUAAUGUG